UAUUUUUGUUUUAUUCCCGACGUGUUUACUCUUCUCUUGUUUGAUAAAAUGCAGACGCUCCCUAACGGUAUCUGUUGCAGACCGUUCAGCAGUUCCAAAUUUUGGUGCUAAACUGCGCGAAAUCGUGGGUUCAUGUCAUGUCAUCGACAUUUUAGCCUUAAAAUAUAAAUAAAUGAAUCAGUCAGGUGGUAAUGUUUUAUUUCCGAGUGAUGCAAACAUGCGCAUUCACACCCCGGUAUGUGAUUCACAGCAACAGCCACAUUAAUACUUCAGGAAAUUGAUAGUUGGUUGAACUUCCUCGUUUGAGUCAGUCAGCAGCUGCAUCAGCGGCCUGUAACGACAACAUGCCGUCGACGCUGAAAGACUCGCUUGAAUCCGGACUGGACUUCAUUGAAUUCCUGGGAGACAGAAGAUCUAUUAACGUCACCAAAAAGGAACUUCGGGAAAUCUAUAACUCCGAGUUUAAGCCCAGAGAGGGAAUUAAAGACGCCACCUUUUACAGUGUGCUCUAUGCCUUAGUGAAGUUCAACAAAGCCCAAGUAAGGCAGGGAAAAAUCUACAUAAAUGUCAGGCCUCAGGCCAGAGUGUACUGUGACCAGUACAGGAGGCCCCGGGCCCCUCAGCCGCCUCCCAGCCCCAGUGCUGGCGGCCCUCACAAGACAGCUGAGACACCUGCACCCCCCUCUGUCCCUCCGCUGACCCCCAAGAAAAAGCUGGCUACGGAAAUCCUUCACAAGUUAAAGGUGAACAGGAAAAAACUGACAGCUGACAAGGGGGGCGUUGAGAUCACUUCAGACCCGGUGGCGAGCGGCGGGAAGGUUCAGUUCACUGUGGAUCGUCUGAGGGAGGUGUUCAUCGUCAGGUUCCACAUUGUUAACAAAGGCACAAACUGCAUCCACUUCACCUACUACACCGCCCUGCACAAGAUCCGCUGUUUCACUCUGGAGGAUGAGAGGAGAGUGACCAGAGCUUGUCCGCUGUUCCUCUGUCCUGGGGAAAGCUAUGAGGUUUUGGUUCGCUACACGCUGAACCACUAUGGAUAUUUCCCUGCCACAAUGUACUUUGAGUUCUGCCCGGACGUGCAGGGAUGUGAAUCUGUGCCCUUUUGCAUUGUGAGGGAGAUGGAAGCGGCAGCAAAGACCCCGCUGGCUGUGGAGCUGGGGCCUGUGGCUCCUUACAAACCAUUUCAGGUGGUCACAUACAAGCCUGUCAACACCGUGGUAGUGGAGGGAGUACCUCCUGACAGUUCUGUCACGCAGCCUCUUAAGGUGGCAGUGAAGUUAGGAGACUAUAAGUACCCUUAUUACCUAAAGGAACUGGCUAAACAACGGAUGGAGGACUCCGAGUACCUCUCUCCAGCUGCCAAAAAAAAACUUGAAGAAGUGAAGCGUCUCCUCGACUCUGCCUUAAAGAUGAAGACGUACGCGCUAAGAUUUCACCUCCUGCUACACCUGGAGGAGAUACAGAUGGAGGUGGACAUCAGGAAAUAUGACCUCCACAAUCAAACCAUGACUGGAGACCCAAGCAACAAAAGACUGCUCACACUCAGAGUUCCUGGUGUCGCUGAGAAUCGUCCAUCUGUGCUUCGAGGAGAUUGUCUGAGGGUUUCUGAAUCUGGAGAAACGGUCCAGCCGAUCACCGUUUACACCGGAUAUGUUCAUAGAGUGGAGCUGGAUAGUGUGAAGCUGGGCUUCUCCAAGAGGUUGCUGCAGAUUUUUCUCAGCAACAUGAAGUUUGACGUGGAGUUCACGAUCAACCGCUACUCCCUGAAGCUGCAGCAUCGGGCGGUGGACUUGGCAGUGAGACACGAACUCGAAGAGGUUCUGUUCCCGUCUGGUGCAGCAGUGGCACAUCUCUCCAUGCCUAAACUCAGGAUGUUCAACCGCCAGCUGGAGAAUAAUCCAGAGCAAUAUGCUGCCGUCCAGCGCAUCGUAGCCGGAUCAUCAAAGCCCGCCCCUCACCUUGUGUUCGGGCCUCCUGGAACUGGGAAGACAAUCACUCUGGUUGAAGCUAUGAAUCAGGUCAGCAGGGCAGACCCUUCAGCCCACAUCCUCGCCUGUGCACCUUCCAACAGUGCAGGCGACCUCCUCUGUGAGAGACUGAUGGUGCACAUGGAUCCUCAUAAGAUUUACCGCGUGUACGCCAGCAGCCGAGACCCGAGAACCGUCCCCAAGAACCUGCUGAAAUAUUGUAACUGGGAUGAGAGACAAGAUGGUUUUGUAUUUCCAGUGAAAGAAGUCCUGAUGAAUUACACGAUCAUCGUUACGACUUUGGUCACAGCCGGCAGACUCGUGUCUGGAGGAAUCCCUGUUGGACAUUUUUCCCACGUGUUUGUGGAUGAAGGAGGUCAGGCAGUGGAGCCAGAGUGCGUCAUUGCCAUCGCAGGUCUGCUCAGUGCACAGAAGGGUCAGCUGGUGCUGGCAGGAGACCCCAAGCAGCUAGGACCGAUCAUUCGCUCUCCUUUUGCAAAGAAGUAUGGACUCGAGCUUUCUCUGCUGGAGAGGCUGAUGACACACAACACUUUAUAUCAGAAAAGUGAAUCCUCAGGACACUUUGACACUCGCUUUGUCACCAAACUGCUGCGAAACUACAGGUCUCAUGCUGCCAUUCUGAAAGUCCCCAAUGAGAUGUUCUAUGAGAAUGAGCUGCAGGUGUUUGCUGAUCAGUGGGAGCGCGAGACCUACUGCAGCUGGGAACACCUUCCCAAAAAGGGUUUCCCUCUGAUCUUCCACGGGGUAAUGGGGAAAGACGAGAGAGAGUCCAACAGUCCUUCUUUCUUCAACGUAUCCGAGAUCGAAGUCCUGAUCCACUACCUCACCAAGCUGAUAGAGACUCAAGGAAAGAAGGGUCUCCCCAAACUUGCUGCUAAAGACAUCGGCAUCAUCGCCCCCUACAGGAAACAAGUCGAGAAAAUCCAAAAGGCUCUGAAAUCCGUCUCAGCUGUGAAGCAACUGGGUGAUCUGAAAGAGCUCAAGGUGGGGUCUGUGGAGGAGUUUCAGGGACAAGAGAGGAAGAUCAUCAUGGUCUCCACCGUCCGCAGCAGCAUCAACUAUCUCAAGAUGGACAAAGACUUCAACAUUGGAUUCCUGUCAAAUGAAAAGAGAUUCAACGUGGCCUUGACCAGAGCCAGGUCCCUGCUGAUAGUCGUGGGAAACCCUGUGAUCCUCAACAAGGACCAGACCUGGAAGACGUUCAUCAGCUACUGCGUGGAGAAGGGAGGUUACACUGGCUUUGACUUUGAAGACGCAGAAGGAGAGGACGACCUCGUGUCGAGACUGACGACUCUGAAAAUCAACGUGGAGUCUGACAAUCAUGUAGAAGAGAGUCCCCUCCAGCAGUAUCAGGAUCCUGAGUGGAAAAAUGAGCAUUAACAUCCAACACGAAGCAAAAGAACCAUUUGCAGUGACUUACGACUUAAAAGAUUAUUAUGUUUAAGCAUGUAAAGAUGCAUAAGAUGCACCAGUAUUUAAUUUCUCCUCUCUUAAAGCUUUAAACACACGAGCAUCUAUUACUUAAGAAUAUAUCCUUUUUAUCAACUUUUCUAAGAGCAGUUUGCACAUUUUGAUGCAAUGAAACGGCACUCGUUUUUUGAUGCCAAAAUCAAUCAGUGAAUCUUUUCUCCUUGACUUUUUCUCUCUUCAGUGGCCUUUCAAAUGAAGCUGCCACUCAACAGUUUGAUUAGCACGAACAAUGCCGCACACGAGCAAGUUCUUUUCUGAAAGAGAAAAUAAUGAGCAGACUUUUCUAUUUCUCAGGAACUCUUCACCGUAUGUCUUACUGCUCUUUGCACUUAACCAGUUCUUCUCUUUUUAACUAAUUUAUUUCUGAUAGUAGUUGAAAGCAUGAAGAAAUAAACUCAUUUCUGGACCACA